UGUUUAUUUGACUUAAAGGAGACGCAACAAAAACGCAGGGAAUCCGUGUAAGCUUAGGGUGGUCACCCCCUUUCUUUUCUGUAGCUUUAAGAAACAAAAAAGUGUCUAGCUGUUUAAAAUGAAUAUCGAAACUAAAUAGAUAACUUAAAACUUAUUUAUUUAGCUAGCGGGAAAAUUAAUUAGGCAUUAAGCUGGCCACUCUCAGAAGAGGGGUGUUUCGCUAUAGACAAAGGUGAUAAUAUUUUUAUAGUUGGCGUACGGUUCUGCUGCUAAAGAGUGGCUCUCCUUUAUCAGUUUAAGAGCAAAUAAGCCCAUUCGGGGGAGCGGGUGGGAGAUAAGGAAGGGCAUGGACUCGGAGAAAAACCGAGCCGAGGUGAGCAACGUCGGAAAGAGCGGAGAGAGCGAACUCACCGGUGAGGAGGCCGCGGGAGCAUUCACGACCCCUGCUGCGGCGCCCUCCCGAGGCAAAAAAUUGCGAGGGCGUGGGGUGAGUCGCUCGAAGACCGGGGUGCUCUCUAUAGGCCUUUCUGAUCAAGGAUUAGUUACGUCGGGCACCGGAAGGGUACUACGGGAUCGCUCGGCCCGAGCCAAGGCUGGGAGACAUGCCGAGGACAGCAGUAACGCUAACAGCCAGAGGAAGUUUGCGUAUCCGCGGCGUAGGAGGAGCACCGCAGCCCGCGUCGGCAAUUCAGGGGACGUGGGGGAUGACAGCGGCCUGUCGGUGGAUUCCGAGGAGAAAAAAGAUGCUCCGGGUGUUAAAGCCGUGCAGUCAGCCAGACCCCGGAGGAUGCGGCGGCUGUGCGGCCCCCGUGUCCCUUCUGCCCGCAGCUCUCGACCUUUCCCCACGUCGCUGUGCAAGAGCGAGCCAGGCACUGAGGCCUCUUAUGUGGCAGACAAGGCUGUGGCCGACAGUGCCCAGGCCAGUGAUGAGGAAGAUGAAGUGAUGGAUGAGGAAGAGGCUUCUUUUGUGGAUGACCUGACAGAUCAGAACUACAUACCUUACAUUGACAGUGAGGAGAUUACCAGUGAGGAAGAUCUUCCUUUCAGGGAUGACCUCAAUGAUCAGAGCUAUGAACCACAGAACAAGAGGACCAACCCAAAACCAAGACGAAAACCUGCAAAGCUUCCAAGGGAGAAAAAAGAAAAAGUGUGUGAUAAAGGGACAGAUAUAAAAAAAGAGGGAGGAGAGGAGAUGGAUGUGAAACUGGAGAACGAGUUUGGGGAUACGACAGAGCCACCUAGGAAAAGAGGAAGACGACGGAAAGAUGAUAAAAGCCCUCGUCUUCCGAAAAGAAGGAAGAAGCCGCCCGUGCAGUAUGUACGCUGUGAGAUGGAGGGCUGCGGCACGGUCCUGGCCCACCCGCGCUACCUGCAGCACCACAUUAAGUACCAGCACCUUCUGAAGAAAAAGUACGUCUGCCCCCACCCCUCGUGCGGGAGGCUGUUUCGGCUUCAGAAGCAGCUCCUCAGGCACGCCAAGCAUCACACAGAUCAGAGGGACUACAUCUGUGAAUACUGUGCCCGGGCCUUCAAGAGCUCCCACAACCUGGCUGUGCACCGCAUGAUCCAUACGGGGGAGAAGCCCCUGCAGUGUGAGAUCUGCGGCUUCACCUGCAGGCAGAAGGCCUCGCUCAACUGGCACAUGAAGAAGCACGAUGCCGACGCCUUCUACCAAUUCUCCUGUAGCAUCUGUGGCAAGAAGUUUGAGAAGAAGGACAGCGUGGUGGCUCACAAGGCCAAAAGCCACCCAGAGGUUCUGAUCGCGGAGGCCCUGGCUGCCAAUGCGGGAGCCCUUAUCACCACGCCGAGCUCUUUGCUGGCUGGGGGGGGUGUGGAGGGUGGGGGCUCAGGGGCAGAGCCUGCGCCGGAGCCAGUGGAGCAAGUGGUGGUGCUUAACCAGGGGACGAGCCUUCAUGCCUUGCAGGUACCCAUAUCACUCACUUUGUCCUUACCAGCUGGCAGCCCCCAGCUUCAGCUCCUGCCGGGUGUGGCCUCCCUAGCACCGCCAUCCCCCCUCCCACCACAUUCACAGGACCUCGUGGAGCUUGACUGCGCCAUCUCCGGUCCCCCUUCAUCUGGUGCGGCUCCCACUCCACAGAGCUCUGCCUCCCUCGAACAGCAUGCCAUCUCCGCAGGGGAGGGGGGUAUGGGCUGGCAGAGGGUGGAUGAGGGCGGUUCAAGACCGGUGCUUCUGGAAAGGCCAGAGGGUCACGUCCAGCACGAGACACAUCAUGAACUGCUCUAGAUGGUUGACUGAAAGGGAAGAGCCAAUCAGGCUCCCACAAUUUCUCAAUGGGUGUUAUUUUACAAGAGGAAGAAGAUGGAAAGAUGAUAAAAGCCCUCGUGGCUUUUGUGGGAGGGGCUAUUAAACUGCAUGAAACCAUGUCCAGACUGCAAAGCUGGAUAAUUACUUAGAUGCUACUACAUCAGGGAACAGAUCUGAUCAUUCUUUAUUUUUUUCCCCCAACUUUACCACAUCACUCCGUCCCUAGACUUGCAUCUCUUGCACCUCUGAUUUGCUGUGCGUGUGUGAGACAGUGGCAGUUUUGAAGCUGGUUAAUGUCAGGGUGGAUGUCUCGAAUCCCUCUUCACUGCUCCAGCUCUCUGUCACUUCCUGAAGAACCGUGUAUAACAUACUUAGGAGGUGUUUACCGUAUUUUACAUUUAAUUUAUUAACUACUUCUUGCUGUGUUGUCAAAAAAACAUUGUGAGUUAAAGCAUUAUAUUUAAGUAUUAUAAAUGCCUCCAUCAGUUUUGCAACUGAAUAUGUUAUGUGCACUAUUUUUAGACUGUUUAUGAAUUAUAAUAGCAAUUUUAAAUGGUUCUCAGUUACAGCACCCCUCCUAUCUGGAGUGUAAUGCAGCUGUCUUUGUAGUUGUAACUCUGGCACCCUCCUCUGUCUGCAAGUUGUAGUUGCAACAUUUCUCUGAGGUGCGGUUUCUGAAGCCUGCAGCGGGUGGAAUUGUCAUGUACUGUGGAACCUUUUAGAUGUUUAUAGCAAAACAAAUGUGUGAUUAGAAUGAGAGCAGCAGGUAAAGCUGCCAAUCCUGGCUGCUGUAACUCAUGCAGACUGUUGGGUGUGACUCACCACUUUAAUUGGAAGGUUAUAGUGGGUGAAUACAAAUGUCCAUUUAAUUAAAAGAUGACAUUUUUUUAAAAUCCUAAA